UUGAACCUGGCCAGGAAAGCAGCCCCAAAGUCCAGCAUUGGAACACAGGCAGAGACCGGUAGGCGUCAGCGGCUGCAGGCUCUAGCGGAAAGCAAACGCCCAGGGCAGCAGCUUUCUGGUCCAAGAUGCUGCGCCUGUUCUUAUCCCACCUGCUGGGAGUCUGGCUGCUACUGAGCCUACGUGCCAGAGAGAUCCCAGCCCAGCAGGAGGAAGUGUUAAAGGCAUGCGGCCGGGAGUUUGUCCGACUACAAAUCCGGAUCUGCGGCUCAUCGUCCUUGGGAAGAAAGAGUCAGCAACACCGGGAACCUCGGCAGGCACCCGCCGCACUCCCAGAAAUCGUGUCCUCCUCCAUCACCAGUGGUGCAGAAGCCUUGAAUGGGAUGUUGGAAUACGUUCCUGAUUUGCCACAAGAGCUGAAGGCAACACUGUCUGAGAGGGAGCCAUCCUUCAGAGAACUACAACCUUCAUUGAAGGAUUCUAAUCUUAACUUGGAAGAAGUGGAGAAAAGUAUUCUUGGUAGACAAAAUGAAGCUGAAGACCAAAGUCUUUCACAAUUAGGAAGAUCAAGGUUAGAUGCACAUUCUCGAAUAAAGAGAUCAAACUAUAUAAGAUACAGUGACAGGUGUUGUAACGUAGGUUGUACCAGGAAAGAGCUUACUGAUUUAUGCUGAGAUGAAAGUAUUGUGUAUUUCAUCCAGUGUUCACAUGUAUUCCUGACACAUUCACUGAUGGUUCUGUCACCCCACUGAUUAUUAAAAUAUGAGAAAUCA